UCUCUCUCUCUCUCUGUGUCUGUCUCUCUGUCUGUCUCUCUCUCUCCAGUGUAGGAUAUUUAUCACAAAUUCACAAUUGUGCCUUUAUUGAUCACAAUAAUAAAUCUUCACAUCCACUUUCCCUGUACAUCGCUGAUGUUUCACCACCCCUUCUGCUACCACAAACUUUUCCACCUCGUACUCAGUCACGAGCGGCUGGUGUUGUCUCUCGCGCUGCCUGCGUAGCGCGUUCGAAGCAGUGGUAAAUGUGAUGACUAGUCUGCUGGCAUUGAUCUACCUUCCCUCUUUCUCUGGAGCCGUCAAAGAGCCAUAACCAGUCAUCUUCCACGCUGACUGAGCGACGUGCUUGAAACAGAACCGAGACAAAACCCGUCCGUGGGCAAAAAUGCGAGCGCUGUCCGUGGUGCUGAACCCGCUGCUGUUUCUACUGCUGUUCGGCGACUAUUACCCUUCUGUGACAGUCAAGCCUAAGGAAGGCUGGCAGGUGUACAGCUCGGCCCAGGAUACAGAGGGGAGGUGUAUCUGUACAGUGGUGGCUCCUGAACAGAACCUCUGCUCCAGAGACGCCAAGGAGGGACAGCUCCGUCAGCUACUGGAGAAGGUCCAGAACAUGUCCCAGUCAAUCGAGGUGCUGAACCUGCGGACUCAGAGAGACUUCCAGUACAUCAUGAGGAUGGAAGGCCAGUUCAAAGAGCUAAGGUCAAAGUUCAGACAGAUAGAGACCAACAAGAAGACACAGGUCAACAGAAACUUCCAGGAGUUGAAGGGUAAGAUGGAUGCCCUACAGCCUCUGAUCCCUGUGUUGGAACAGUACAAGACAGAUGCCCAGCUCAUCUCCCAGUUUAAACAGGAGAUCAGGAACCUGUCCAUGGUGCUCACAGCCAUCCAGGAGGAGAUAGGAACCUAUGACUAUGAGGAACUACAACAGAGGGUCCUGAAUCUGGAGAGCAGGCUACGCAACUGCAUGAGCAAACUCACAUGUGGUAAACUGAUGAAGAUCACUGGACCUGUGACAGUGAAGACCUCUGGUACACGGUUUGGAGCUUGGAUGACUGAUCCACAGGCCUCCCCUAGAAACAACCGGGUCUGGUACAUGGAUAGCUACACCAACAACAAGAUCGUCAAAGAGUACAAGUCCAUAGCAGACUUUGUUUCCGGGGCAGAGUCUCGAACCUACAACCUGCCGUUCAAGUGGGCCGGGACCAACCACGUGGUGUACAACGGCUCUCUGUACUACAACAAGGUCCAGAGCAACAUCGUGGUGUGUUACCGCUUCGAGACGGGGCGCGUGGUAACCCAGAGAGCCCUGGAGAACGCCGGCUUCCACAACGUCUACCCUUACACCUGGGGAGGCUUCUCCGACAUAGACCUCAUGGCUGACGAGCUGGGCCUGUGGGCCGUCUACGCCACCAAUCAGAACGCAGGAAACAUCGUCAUCAGCCAGCUCAACCCCGACACGCUACAGAUCCUCGGAACCUGGAACACGGAAUAUUCCAAACGGAACGCGGGGGAGUCCUUUAUGAUCUGCGGAACACUCUACAUCACCAACUCUCACCUGACUGGCGCUAAGGUUUACUACUCGUACUCCACCAAGACCUCCAGCUAUGAGUACACAGACAUCCCCUUCCAUAACCAGUUCUUCCACAUGUCCAUGUUGGACUACAACGCCAGGGACCGGGCUCUGUACGGCUGGAACAACGGACACCAGGUUCUGUUCAACGUCACGUUGUUCCACAUCAUCAAGACAGAGGACGAUUCCUGAGGAGGAAGAACCUCUGGAACACUGAUUAACAUUCCUGGUGUUCCGGUGUUCCGUCAGUCAUUGUGGGAGUUCUGUUGUUGGGUCUCUAAAUGGUAUUUUUUGCUCUCUUCUUUUGACAAUCCAUCUUCGGAUCUAUUGGCUUCCCUUUCAAAUUUCUAAUGCAAGAAUUACUAAAGAUGUUGGCCUCCGAACUCUGAACUGUCUCCCAAUGUCAUGACAGAGUCAUGAUAUUCUCUGGUAGUCCUACCUAGCAACCCCCAUUUUAAAUCAUCUGUCCCUCUAACGAUGACAUCAUGCCCUGACAGUCUUCCUCAUUUUCCUCUCUUUGGACACAAGCCUUUAUUUUCACUUUAUCCCUUUCCUUUCAGCUACUCUACACUGGACUCUGAGAGAUUGUCUGGGCUUGGUAACAUGGCUCUGAUUGGCUGGGCUUGGGUAACAUGCCUCUGAUUGGCUGGGCUUAGGUAACAUGCCUCUGAUUGGCUGGGCUUAGGUAACAUGGCUCUGAUUGGCUGGGCUUAGGUAACAUGCUUCUGAUUGGCUGGGCUUAGGUAACAUGGCUCUGAUUGGCUGGGCUUGGGUAACAUGCCUCUGAUUGGCUGGGCUUGGUAACAUGGCUCUGAUUGGCUGGGCUUGGGUAACAUGGCUCUGAUUGGUUGGGCUUGGGUAACAUGGCUCUGAUUGGCUGGGCUUGGGUAACAUGCGUCUAAUUGGCUGGGCUGGGUAACAUGCCUCUGAUUGGGUGGGCUUGGGUAACAUGCCUCUGAUUGGCUGGGCUUGGGUAACAUGCCUCUGAUUGGGUAACUUGGCUUUUGUAUCCAUUGCAACAGUAUCAAUAGGAGCCUUAUUCAGUGCAGUCUGUUCUGUAAGUCCAUAGGAUAACAGGUGUCCUGUCCUGCAUGAAUGUCUAUGAUGUCUAGCUCUCUGUGGCUUGCAUCCCAAAUGGCACCCUAGGUCCCAAAGGGCUCUGGUCAAAAGUAGCACACUAUAUAGGGAGUAGGAUUUCAUUUUGGAUGCAACCUAUAUGGCUCUCCUGAUAGCAUCGAAACUCUGUCUGUGGACUCUCUCGGCAACCAUCUCUCUUUCCCACUGUAACACAAUUAAUGAAUAUUGUCUGAUUAUACUGUAUAUAGAUGAACAGGAGAAUACACAUGAAUAUACACAAUUAGCGUUACAUUAUGGAAAUAAAAUGAUUAUUGUUUUUGAUUAA